AUGAAGGCACUCCAGAGAAAUAUGAGUGUGUUCCAACAGACAAAGAUUCUCUUGUGGAAAAAUGUCCUUAUCAAGAGGAGGAUGAAGAUGCAGAGCUUCCAGGAGUGGAUGUUGUCCCUGCUCUUCCUGCCCCUGGUGUUCAUGCUGUCUGCUCUCAUCUACCACAUCCACUACCCUGAAGUUCCCUACAGCCACCUUGGGCACUUGGAUGAUCCUGCCUAUAAUGCCACUGGGGUCACCAUUGCCUUUACACCCAUCACUGCCACUACGAGGCAGAUAAUGAAUAAAGUGGCCUUGAACUCUGUCAUGACAGGUAUAAAACUAGAGGCACUGGACAGUGAGAGCGCCGUGGAAGAAGCCUGGAUUUUGAAUCAUGACAUUAUAGGGGUUGUAUUUAAGGACAACUUCUCCUAUCACCUCAGGUUUCCUACUUCCAGUACAGUGAUGCCAAAUGAUAUUUUUGGAUAUAUAGAUAGCUGUUUUGAUUUCUCCUCAAUGUUCUGUAAGAGCCCAAAGUACUGGUAUGAAGGCUUCCUGUCACUGCAGUCCAGCAUCAAUGCUGCUAUUACAGAGGUGGUUGCAAAUCAUUCUGUUUGGGAAGAAAUGAAAUCACUUGCUGGUGUGCGAAUGAAGUCCCAGAGUAGUGUCUUCGCCAUUACACUGGAGUACAGUUAUUUCAUGAUCACUAUUGUGAUGUGUUUCUUCCCCUUCAUGUAUUUCUUGUCAAUGAAUGUUACAAGAGAAAAGAAGAAGCUUAAAGUGUUGAUGAAGACAAUGGGGCUGCAGGAUAUUGCAUUUUGGCUUUCCUGGAGCCUGCUGUAUUCUCUCUAUGUGUUGAUCUUCUCCUGCCUGCUGACAGCCCUUGUCGUUCGGGAUCCUUUCGUCCUCAGCAGCUUCCCUGCAGUCUUACUGCUGUUUUUCCUCUAUGGCUUGGCAUGUAUCCACCUGGUUUUCAUGCUCUGCUCCCUCUUAAGGACCUCCAAACUUGCCAGCUCCAUGGGGUUCCUCAUCACCUUUCUCUUUGGAUGCCUGAGCCUUGCAGUGCUGAUAGAAAAUGUUCCAGAACCACUGAAAUGGUUUCUUGGGCUCUUCUGUCCUUUUGCAUUUAACGUCGCCAUCGCAGAGAUUUUCCACUUAGAGAAAUAUGGAAUGGGUUUCUCUUUUUCCAACCUUACAAAGGAUGCACAUUUUCUGCUCUCAACUUACAUUAUACUGGUCUUUGACUCGAUCUUGUACAUGGUAUUGGCUCUGUAUUUUGACAAAGUCCUGCCAGGCAAAUUUGGCAUCCCAGACCCUCCACUGUUUUGUCUGAAACCCUCAUACUGGAUGAGGAGCAAGAGAGGCUCCAUCAGGGACAUGCCCAGAUCCACAGUGAACCCUGAGGAGCAUCUUGGUGAUGAUGUAGAGCCAGUGCCCCCUGAAUUCCUGGGGAAGGAGGCCAUCAGACUCUACAACAUCAAAAAAGCCUACAAAAGGAAGGACAAGAAGACAGAGGCUUUAAGAGGUUUGUCUUUAAACAUUUAUGAGGGUCAGAUCACUGCCUUGCUUGGCCACAGUGGGGCUGGAAAGACAACACUGUUAAACAUCCUCAGUGGGCUCACAUUCCCUUCAGAAGGCUCUGCCAACAUAUACAACUGCAAACUCUCAGAAACAGGAGACAGGGAAGAGAUUAGAGAGAUGAUUGGCAUUUGCCCUCAGUUCAACGUCCACUUUGAAGUCUUGACAGUGAAAGAGAACUUGAAAACUUUUGCAGAAAUCAAAGGCAUCAAGUCCAAAGAUGUAGAGAAAGAGGUGCAAACCAUUUUGGAACUGCUGGAUAUCAGUAACAUCCAAGAUACUCAAGCUGAGAAACUGAGUGGUGGGCAGAAAAGGAAGUUAUCCAUUGGAAUAGCUAUGCUUGGAAACCCUCAGGUUUUGUUGCUGGAUGAGCCAACUGCUGGGUUGGAUCCUCUUUCCAGGCACCAGGUGUGGAGUGUCCUCCGGGAGCACCGUGCGGGACGGGUGAUCCUCUUCAGUACCCAGUUCAUGGAUGAGGCUGAUAUCUUGGCAGACCGCAAAGCUUUCAUCUCGCACGGGAAGCUCAAGUGUGUUGGUUCCUCUUUAUUCCUGAAGAAAAAAUGGGGGAUUUGUUAUCAUUUAAGGAUCCAUGUCAGUGAGUCUUGUGACUUAGAGAACGUGACAUCCCUGGUGAAACAUCACAUCCCCAAUGCCACAUUCUCAGGACACAGCCAAUAUGAGCUGAGAUACAAACUGCCAUUAGAAAAUGUGAAAAAAUUCCCAGAUUUGUUCAGUGGCCUUGACAGCUGCUCUGAGCAGGGAAUUAUGAACUAUGGAGUUAGGAUGACAACCCUGGAGGAUGUCUUCCUGAGGCUGGAGGGAGAAACCACCGUGGACCAAGAAGAUGAGCAUGUCCCUGGGGAGGAGUGGGCAGAAGCAGGACCACAAUGCUCUGAAGAGACACCCCUAGGCUCCCUGCUGCUCUCAGACACUGGGAAGGCUUCAGUGGAUGGUUUGGCUCUCUGGAGGCAGCAGGUCUCUGCCAUGGCAUGGGUGCACUUCUUAAAGCUCAAGGGUUCAGUGAAAAACCUGCGGUCAAUUUUGCUGCUCUAUGUGGUUUUUCUGCUUCCUCUGGUUUUGCAACUGUCCCUGCUUGCUGCCUGGAAGAGUGCAAGUUUUUGGGAGCUCUCAGCUGCACGGUACUUCUUGCCCUUGGGGAAGAGGUCUCAUGUGGGGACAACCACCCUCCUGGUCCACAACAACACAGGCACAGGCAUUGACGACUUCAUCCACGUGCUGGAGAGCCAAGACCUUACAGUGGAAAUAACUAAUGAGGAAAACAUCACAGAGGAACUAAAACACUAUGGGGCUAUCCAAGUGUCUCGUAAAGGUCAGAGCUACAGGUUCACUGUGUUGUGCCACUUGGAGGCCGUCAACUGCUUCCCAGUGCUUGUGAAUGUCAUCAGCAAUGCUCUGCUCAGAGCCCUCAAUUCCACUGGGCACAUUCGGGUCUGGAAUCAUCCAUUCUUCUCUCUCUACCACACAGUCCACUGGGAUUAUUUUCUUUCUUUUUAUCUCAUCUAUAUGACGUUGUUAUUCCCUGGGUUUCCUCCUCACUUUGCCAUGGGCUGCACACAGGAUUACAAGGUGGGAGCUCGUGCCCAGCUGAGGAUCUCUGGGCUUGUUCCCUCGGCAUACUGGUGUGGCCAGGCACUGGUGGACAUCCCUCUGUGUUGGCUUCUGCUCUUCUCCAUGUUUGGCCUUCAGUUUGCCAUGAGGACCAAGAUUUCUGGGAGCAUCGGCACCUUCUUCUUGCUGGCCACUGGAACUUUGGGUUAUGGAAUUUCUAUUGUUCUCUUCAUCUACCUGAUCUCCUUCAACUCUCGCAAAGGAUGGAACUGUGACCUUUGGUCUUUUAUCCUGAUACUGAUAUGCUUUGUUUCUCUUUUCAUCAACAAAAUCAUUAAUUUGUACACCUACUCUAAUGCCUCCAACUAUGUUUUCUGCCUCUUGAUUCCUGUGUUCCCACUGCUGGGUUUAGUGGAUCGCAACAACAAGAUUUUUUCGGAAAGUGUGGCUCCAGAAAGUGAUGAACUAGUCGCUGCCUUCGCACCUUAUAUCCAUUCUGUGGCUUUCAUUUUUCUUCUUCGCUCUUUGGAGACAAAAUAUGGACAAGCAGUUCUGAGAAAGGACCCAAUAUUUAGGAUUUCCCCAAGGAGAGAAAGCAACCACCAACACCUCAAGGAGCUUGAAGAGGAAGAUGAAGAUGUUAAAGCAGAAAGAGAAGCAGUGAGAAAUGCCAUAGUGGCUCGGAGUCAGGAGGAGAAAUCAGUCAUCAUAGUCAGCAAUCUGUGCAAGGAAUAUAAAAUCAAGCAAGCUGGUUCAGUUUUCAAGAAAAAGAAGAAAACAGCAACCAAAAACAUUUCCUUCUGUGUUAAAAAAGGAGAAGUAUUAGGACUUCUGGGGCCCAAUGGAGCUGGUAAAAGCACAGCUAUCAAAAUGAUUACUGGAGAGACCAACUUGACUGCUGGGCAGGUGCUGAUGAAGAGGGGACAAGGAGCAAUCUCCCAGCUCCAGGACCACAGUCCUUCCUUCCUGGGGUACUGCCCCCAGGAGAACCCACUCUGGUCAGACCUCACCGUGCACGAGCACCUGCAAACCUACGCGGCCGUGAAAGGAGUGUGCAAGGAGGACACAACUGCUGCUGUCAACAGAAUAGUGAAUGCUCUGCAGCUUCAGGAUUACCUGAAAAAAAAAGCCAGAAAAUUAUCUGCUGGGGUAACCAGAAAGCUGUGUGUCGCAAUAUGCAUGUUGGGCAACCCUUCUGUCCUGCUCCUGGAUGAGCCCUCCACUGGCAUGGACCCCAAUGGGCAGCGCUGUGUGUGGAAAAUGAUUCGUGAUGCCUUGAAAACCAAGGAGUCAGGAGCCAUCCUGACAACACACUACAUGGAGGAGGCCGAGGCAGUGUGUGACCGUGUGGCCAUCAUGGUGUCUGGGCACCUCAGAUGUAUUGGCUCCAUUCAGUACCUAAAGAACAAGUUUGGCAAAGGUUAUCUACUGGAAAUCAAGGUGAAGGAUCCAGAGCACAGUGAUCUUCUCCAUGCUGAGAUUUUGAGGAUUUUCCCCAGUGCAGCCCGUCAGGAGAGGUUCCCCUCUUUGCUUGUCUACAAGGUCCCAAUGGAAGAUGCACUGCCCCUAUCUCAGUCUUUCUCCAAGCUGGAGAAAGCCAAACAAACCUGCAACCUCGAGGAGUACAGCUUCUCCUUGAAUACUUUGACUCAGGUGUUUUUGGAACUCUCCCGAGAGCAGGAAAAGGAUAACUUUGAUCCAACUUUGGAUGGGACUUUCGACUGGAAACAGCUCCAGCAGGAGGAUUGUUAG